AUGGAGUACCAGAACAAGGAGGUGGAUGCCCUGGUCCAGAAGAUCACCGGGCUCCACGCCGCCAUCUCCAAGCUGCCGUCGCUGAGCCCGUGCCCCGACGUGGACGCGCUCUUCACCGACCUGGUCACCGCGUGCGUCCCAGCGAGCCCCGUGGACGUCACCAAGCUCGGCCCGGAGGCGCAGCAGAUGCGGGAGGGCCUCAUCCGUCUUUGCUCCGAGGCCGAGGGGAAGCUGGAAGCUCACUACUCCGACAUGCUCGCCGCCUUCGACAACCCGCUGGACCACCUCGGCAUGUUCCCCUACUACAGCAACUACAUCAACCUGAGCAAGCUGGAGUACGAGCUCCUGGUGCGCUACGUGCCGGGCGGCAUCGCGCCGGCCCGCGUCGCCUUCAUCGGGUCCGGCCCGCUGCCGUUCAGCUCCUUCGUCCUCGCCGCGCACCACCUGCCCGACACGGUGUUCGACAACUACGACCUGUGCGGAGCCGCCAACGAGCGCGCCAGCAAGCUGUUCCGCGCGGACACGGACGUGGGCGCGCGCAUGUUGUUCCACACGGCGGAUGUGGCCGACCUCGCCGGCGAGCUCGGCGCGUACGACGUCGUCUUCCUGGCCGCGCUCGUGGGCAUGGCAGCCGAGGAGAAGGCGAAGGUGAUCGCCCACCUCGGCGCGCACAUGGCGGACGGCGCGGCCCUCGUCGUGCGCAGCGCGCACGGGGCGCGCGGGUUCCUGUACCCGAUCGUCGACCCCGAGGACAUCGGGCGAGGCGGGUUUGAGGUGCUGGCCGUGUGCCACCCUGAUGACGACGUGGUGAACUCCGUCAUCAUCGCACGCAAGUCCAACGACGACUACCAGAACAAGGAGGUGGAUGCCCUGGUCCAGAAGAUCACCGGGCUCCACGCCGCCAUCUCCAAGCUGCCGUCGCUGAGCCCGUGCCCCGACGUGGACGCGCUCUUCACCGACCUGGUCACCGCGUGCGUCCCAGCGAGCCCCGUGGACGUCACCAAGCUCGGCCCGGAGGCGCAGCAGAUGCGGGAGGGCCUCAUCCGUCUCUGCUCCGAGGCCGAGGGGAAGCUGGAAGCUCACUACUCCGACAUGCUCGCCGCCUUCGACAACCCACUGGACCACCUCGGCAUGUUCCCCUACUACAGCAACUACAUCAACCUGAGCAAGCUGGAGUACGAGCUCCUGGUGCGCUACGUGCCGGGCGGCAUCGCGCCGGCCCGCGUCGCCUUCAUCGGGUCCGGCCCGCUGCCGUUCAGCUCCUUCGUCCUCGCCGCGCACCACCUGCCCGACACGGUGUUCGACAACUACGACCUGUGCGGAGCCGCCAACGAGCGCGCCAGCAAGCUGUUCCGCGCGGACACGGACGUGGGCGCGCGCAUGUUGUUCCACACGGCGGAUGUGGCCGACCUCGCCGGCGAGCUCGGCGCGUACGACGUCGUCUUCCUGGCCGCGCUCGUGGGCAUGGCAGCCGAGGAGAAGGCGAAGGUGAUCGCCCACCUCGGCGCGCACAUGGCGGACGGCGCGGCCCUCGUCGUGCGCAGCGCGCACGGGGCGCGCGGGUUCCUGUACCCGAUCGUCGACCCGGAGGACAUCGGACGAGGUGGGUUUGAGGUGCUGGCCGUGUGUCACCCUGAUGACGACGUGGUGAACUCCGUCAUCAUCGCACGCAAGUCCAACGACGACGUGCAAGCCGAUGGGCUCCAGCACGGGCGUGGACAGCACGGGCGCCGUGCGGUGCCGGUGGUCAGCCCGCCGUGCAGGUUCGGUGAGAUGGUGGCGGACGUGACCCACAAAAGGGAGGACUUUGCCAAAGCAGAAGUGGCCUUCUGA